AUGUCUCGUUCGAUUCCAUAUCGUUUAGAAUGUCCUGAAAAAUGCAUACAAUCUCAAGAAGAAGCAUUGAGUAGCACAAUUUACAUCCUUCGACAAACUGGCCCAACAGCAUUUGUUAUCAAAGAUGAAGCGGAUACUCAACGAACAUAUAAAGUGUUUCUCGGUGAUCCGCAUCAAUGCUCGUGUCCAUCAUUUCAAAAAGAUCAUGAAUUAUGCAAACAUUUGUGUUGGAUAUUACUCAAGCGUUUUCGAAUACCAAGAACAAAUUCAAUGUUAUGGCAAAAAUCGUUAGUUGAACGUGAGAUCAAUGAAAUAUUACGUGGAUUAGUUAAAGAAGAGGAAGAACAACGAAGAAAAUUAGUCACAAAUAUAAAACAAAAAGUACUUAUCAAAGAUGAUCAAUCAACAGAUAGUGAAGUUGAACAACGACCAAUCAGUGAUCAUGAUGUUUGUCCAAUAUGUCAAGAAGAAUUUUUAACAAAAAAAUUACCAAUUACAUAUUGCAGGCAUGGUUGUGGCAAUAAUGUUCAUGUUAAAUGUAUGAAAGUUUGGCUUGAUCAUCAAUUGACAACCGGUGAAAAAGUUGUAAAAUGUCCUUUAUGUCGAGAAAUGUUUGGAAAUCCUGAUUUAUUAAAACAAGAAUUUCGAACAAGUGGUGCUCAACAAGCCGAGAAAGGAUCAAUACAUUUGGGUUAUUCGUGUCAUCGUUGUCGAGCUUGCCCUAUCUCAGGAAAAUGUUAUAAAUGUAAUACAUGUCAAGACUGUUUUCUUUGUCAAACGUGUUUCAAUUUGAAUAUUCAUAAUGAGCAUAGUUUUGAUUAUCGAGAGAAAUCAUUUCAACGUUGGAAAAAUGCUUCUCGGGAUCAUUUAACAGCAUUACCAAAUGCUGUUCAUCAAUUAUUAGUUAAUCGUGAUAUUACUGAUAAUGACUAUGAUCUCUUACUUCAGCUAGAAAAUGCUCAAAAUGCAACUGUGAUGGGUAUACCAGAAAAAGUUGUUAAAUCUUUUCCAACCGAACGUGUACAUGAUACAAGUCGAUUAUUACAACGUGGUGAACAAUGUCGAUUGUGUUUAAGAUCCUAUCAAGUGGGUGAACGUGUGCGAAGAUUACCGUCGUGUAAACAUAAAUUCCAUAUUGAAUGUAUCGACGGUUGGUUAUUGCAUAGUCAUCCAACGUGUCCCAUUGAUGGACAACUUGUAUGGAGUUUAGAAAUGGAAUUAGAACAACGAGAAGUAAAAAGAUCAGCAACAAGUAGUAAUAAUCAAAAACAAACGUCUACAUCAACUGUAAACAAUAAUCAAACGAAAGCGCAUUCAAAUGGAAAUCAGUUAUUAUCUGUUGAUCUUGGUUUAUCUGUUACGCCUUAUCAAAUUCGUGCUACAACAAACAAUAACAAUGAGCUUGAUCGUUUAUUUUUACUUCCACCAUCGAAUCGUCGACUACAUCCUCAUCAUUUGCGUGCACCACUUCGUCCAUUAAUACAGACAGCUACCAAUGAUUUGUUACAGCCUCCGUUACAAAUUAAUGUUCAAAGUUUAUUACCUACCACUGUAUUAAAACGUCAAAAUGAUUUAGAUUGUUUUCUCGAUGCUAGUGAAAAUCGUUUUCCUCCAAGAUUACUUUCAUUCGUCUCACCAGCAUGUACACCACCAAGAUCAAGACGAGAUACUUUAACGGAUAAUGAAGAUGAUCAGCAACAACAACCACAAAAUUUAAUAUUCUCAUUACGUAAACGAGAUGGUCAUUCAGCACCACAUAAAAAUACAAUCAAUAUUGAAUUUGAUCUUCCACCAAGAGUGCCACCUGCACAACGCUCAAUGUUUAAUCGAACACAUUUACAUGAAAUGCAUCAACGUGUACAAAGAAGAUUAAAUAAUAAAUAA